AUGGAUACUAUCAGUUGUACAAAUAAUCAUAAAUUUUGUAAAAAAUGUAUUAUUCAAGGUUUUUAUAUGCAUAUGAGAAACGGCAAGAUGUCUCUACAAUGUUUUGCAAAUUGCCCAGUUGAAUUUAGUAUUGAGACUAUGAAGAAAAUUUUGCCAGUUUAUAUACUUAAUAUGAUGGAAGGACAACAGCAAGAAAGAGAAAUUUUGCGGGCUAACAUACAAAAUUUGGUUACUUGUCCAUUGUGUAACUUUUGGAUCGAAAUAGAUCCAGAAUUCAGAAUAAUCUAUUGUAAAAAUUUCGAAUGCAUGCAAAUUUCUUGCAGAUUGUGCAGAAAAGAAAAUCAUCUGCCUUUGUUAUGUGAUCAAGUUGCCAAGGAACAUGCCCUUCGUGUAUAUAAUGAAGAACGAUUGAGUAAGGAUGUAAUUAGAAUUUGUUACAAUUGUAAAACUAGGUUUAUUAAAGAUAAGGGCUUUGUUGGUUAUAACUAUUAUUACUUGCAUUCGAUCAAAAAUAAUCCAAGAGAUAAGUAG